ACCAAACUGGAUGUUAACUGGGUGGAAGGAUCUGCAGAAAGAACCUCAGCUUGUCAGGAAACCAGUGAUCCGCAAACUCCGGCUGAACCUGAAGAUGGCAACAGUCACCUGCGCGUCAGUGAUCCACAUGAAACCGAGUCCUCGGAACAUCAGCGGGAAGUUGAGGAAGAGCCGUCACCGGACACUGAACAGACGGGCUGCGACGACGUGGGUGAGACUGGGGAAGAAACAGAGGUCAAAGUUCAAUUGAGUGAUAAUGAGGAUGGUGCCUCUCCAGCGAGUCACGGGGAUUUACUGGCGGAGACAGAAAAGGACGAAGAGGCGAGAAACGUCAAAGUCGAGGAGGAGAAAAAGAGUGACUGGAUCACAGUUGGGCUCACUGGUAAAAUGGAGGACGGUGACUCACAUGUGCCGGACGCAUGCUUUAUCAGAGCACCUGAGGGUGCGGCGGGAGGCCUGAGGUGUGACAUGGCCGACGCCUGCAGCUGUCUCAUGGUGACCAGCUCAGAGGAGCUGGUCAGCAGAGUGAUCAGGGUCACACUUCAUGGCAGAGCCAAAUUCCCCUUCCCCGUGACCGUGGUCGUGCCGUUUUGUGCACGUUACCGCGGCAACUACAGGGACGUUGCUGUCAAGAUAAUCGAUGGGGAGAGGAGGGUGAGCUACCUCACUCCUGUAGCAACGGAGGGAAUAUAUGGAGGACAGAGGGGCUCGUUUGCGGAGGUGAGAGUCUACUCCCUGGGUCUCUUUGCGGUUGUCUCCUGUCUAAAAAAAGAAAACUACACAAUCCCCAGAAGAGGUUUGUCCCUAAAGCUCUCCAUGGACCACCGCGUUUGCCUCAACUACCUCCCAGGAGCUUUCACUGUUCCAGUAAUGGCACAAACCAUGAUCCAGCCCGUAGAAGCCAUCCUCCUGGCUUCCGUCAAGUCAAGACGCGACGUCUUUCAUUCAGUGGUGUCUACGAGCCCGCUGCUCGACCUCACCCACCCGACCUCGCGGCCCAUGAGGAGACCCCUGACUGUGACUCUACCCUGUCCCCCAAACCCUGAAAAGAAGAGGGGCACGAGGGGACAAGGGAAACGCACGGAGCAACCCGCUUCCCCAAGAGUAAGAAUACUGGGCGCCUCUUUGACGUCCGUGAAGGAAAUGUCCACUGAGCUGCUGAUCGCUCUGGGUUCGCGGGACAAACAGUGGAGCGUCCUGGAGAAGGUCACAGUCAGAAGCCAGCAGAGCGGACUGGUGUCCUUCGAGCUGACAGAGAAUUUCGACAGACUGUUGGUGGUUCGCCUCCUCUCACCACUGCAGCCUUGUCACCUCGUGUCACUGGCGGAGGAGCUGGAGGAGUCGGUCGGCUGCCACGGGGUCACGGUCGUCCUCCAGCGGCGGCAGGAUGACCCUCACACCGCUCUGGUGGCUGCGCUGCCCAGCAGAGACCUCAGCUGGGAGCUGAACAAACUGAGAGCGCGGGGCAACGGCGGCCUCCUGGAGACCUCGUCCGAUAUCUCCAUGUGCGAGGGAGACCAGCUUCUACUGCGGUUCAGUGGCAACAUCACCUCCACAAGGAGUCGUGGUGACCAAAACGACGUCCCACUCGAGCGACUCACCUUCCACACUCAGCGCAUGAAUCACCUCCAGGUGCAUCUCACUGAAGUGGACCCGUUUGGGAACUACAGCUCCCCUCACUAUAAAGGCACGGCGCUCUUUUAUAAAGUGACCAGGGGUGAGCUGCAGUGGCGGGGCGACACGGCGGCCGUCCCCAAGGACGCAACGCGCCGGGGGGAUCCCGUGUGCGCGCUGCCUCUGACUUUACCCAAGAGAGCGAGGAGCAUAAAUCGGCCUGUCGCGGCGAGGGUGAAGUUGUGUGAGGAGACAGACGCCCUGUCAGACUCUCUUCUUCUCUGGCUGGCCGGGGAGCUUUCAGAGGAGGAAACAGUAGCGCUGGUGUCGUCCCUGCGUCUCCGUCGCAGCACCGCACAGCUGGUGAAGCUGCGGGCUGGUGACAGCGUGUCCAUGCAGGCCUUCCACAUCCUGGCCAUGUGGAGGAGAGGACAACCAGCUCACCCCCACCAGCCCAAGGCCUCUCAUUUGGCUCAGUGCCUGGCAAAGAGCGGCCGGCCAGACCUGGCCCGAGAGCUGCUGCUGCGGCAGGCUGCAGCCGACAGGCAACAGGCUCAUUGAAAUUGGGGGAAAUCACAUUGGUUUUCAAUGCUUCUGUGUGCAACAGGGAGGCCACAUGAGUUGCCUGCAAUGCUUGGUUUAAUCCACAAGGGGGCAGCAUUGGUCUAUUAGAGUUUGUGCUCUUUUCAACAUGAUUCAAAGUUCAUUUUGCUUAAAACGUAUUAAUCUGUCCUGUCUUGUUAAACAUCUUCUACCUCUUAUCAUUUAUUGACUUAACAAUGAUAAUAGGGGGUGACGGACUGUAACCCAAUGAUAGAGCAAGUCACUAAUAUGUGUAUCUGGGAUCAACUACAUGUAUAAUACAGACCAUUUACCAUUUAAUUAUGAUGCUAUUUCAUAUAACUGUAUAUAAAAAAACACAUGUAGACUACUGGAUGCUGAACAAAGUCCCGUUUUGAAGCCUCAAGUGAGUUUUUGCAACAAGAAAUAUAAAGAUAUAAUUUUGUAAUAUUCUCUCUAAAGCGCAAUAUCAUUUAUUCUACUGACGAAGACCUGAAACUAGCGAUCACAGGUACAUUUUUACUGAUAUUAUAAAUCAAGUGAAAGUUAUUUUUGCAACCA